AGAUUCAGUCCUGCGCAUACACGAACAGCACGUUUUAUCCAGGACAAAACUCGGUUGUUUUGUAGCGUCGUGCUCCCUCUUCGCCAUGUUUUUUCAAGCAAGAGGGCUUCCUAGUGUGCUAUGGACCGGCUGUCGAAGGUCAUUCCCACUUGUUUGACUACCAAGAACUCGCUAUUAACCUGAAAAAUCACCCCCCGAUACCAAAUUUGUAAAGAAUGUUUCCCUCCCUGGUAACUUUAGCAAAUAAUGCAGCAUCGCUGGACAUUUUUGCUCCUCGAAGCUGAUUGGGCUCGUGCGUACUGUACGCCAGGCUGUCAUCAUAAACUUACACGAUUUUAACAUGAAAUUAGUUUAAAAUGACUUUUUCAUAAUAAAUACCCACAAUUCUCCAUUAAAAAUAGUCCUCUGAGAAAUUCGGCAUACAUAGUAUAAAUUAACUCUACAUUGCUUCUUAAAAUAUUAGCUUUUAUCCUUAGCAUGCCCGCUGUUGUCAUCGUUAGCUAACGCUACCUUACAGCCUUGACUCGAUUAUGCAGUGGUAGCUAGCAUAAGAAAAAACGAUUAAAAUGUUAUUAAAAGAUAUGCCGAUUUAAAAGAAGCCGGUCACUUUCAUUUAACACCCAGAGUCAGGUUUUAUGGAGCGCUGUUUGUUUGUUAUCUGUGUUCCGGCUCAGUGUUGCCAGAUCCUGCUGGCGUUUGGCGUGUCGCCUGCCCAGUGCCAGGGAGGAGCGAGUGUACUGCUAAUCCUGGAUUACUGAGCGCACCAUCCUUACUGCAGUUUAAGACCAGCGGCACAAGUGAAUGUCUAACUACUGUGUUAUAUUCAAAUAUAAGCAUGGGUGUGAUCAGAGCAGCAGUUAUCCUUCAGUUAGCUGUUAUUUUGAUGGCACUGAUAUGGCCUCCCUUCGUCUCUUCCUUUGAUAUCUUCAGCUUUCUGUAUGGACCUGUGCAUGCUUCUUGUGUGAUGGGGAAUUUAACCUCUUCCCCUCCAGGUGGCCUGCCCAGCACAGCCUGUUUACAGUAUGUUCAGGAUGUGGUGUCACAGAACUGUGUUGUGAUAUUUUCCAAGAGCACCUGUCCAUAUUGUAAAAUGGCCAAAAAUAUCUUCAACGAAAUUGGUGCGACCUAUAAAGUGAUUGAGUUGGAUGAACACAACGAUGGGCGGAGGCUGCAGGAGGCCUUAGCUCAUAUGACUGGUGCCAGAACGGUGCCAAGAGUCUUCGUCAACGGCCACUGCAUCGGGGGCGGAUCUGAUACGAGACAGCUCCACCAGCAAGGAAAGCUGGUUCCCCUGAUCGAGCAGUGCGCUCCCUGCUGUGCUGCCACCAGCUCUGAAGGCUCAGGCGACAGACAGUUUGAGUCGGCUAAAUGACUAGCCGCUCUGCUAGUUUUUGUCAACGCACCAUUUAUCACAUGUUUGCUUGAGCUCAUGCUACAAGGUGUACAUUGCUUGAGCAUGACUAUAGUAUUUAUUCAUGAAAAUGUAGUGGAUACUUGACCUGUAAAUACAUUUUCAUCAGGGAUGUACAUUAUUAUGAUGAUGAUAUCAUUAUUACUAUUAUUGUUAUAGCCUCAUUGUUUAAAUCAAAGCUUGUAAAGAGUGGGACUGCUGUAUGUCUCAUACAGCACUUGUACACAUUUGUUUUAUUGAACAAUAUUACACUUCACUGAACUGUGAACGUCUUGAUGUAUUGACUCAUUUUUUACAGUAGCUGUUGGUGUUUAUUUCAGGUAGUUUUUCAUAUUUUGCAAAAAAAUAAAAAGCAAUACACUUUGUAAAAGUU